AUGAUGGUGAACCAGAAUCCCUUAUGCAACCUCCUCCUGAUCAAACUUCUCCCUAAGAGAUUACUACUAAGAUUGAUCUACCUGAUUAGUCUUCACCUCGUCAGCCAGAAUCCCAAAAAAUAGAUAGGGGAUCUCCUAAUCAUACUAGUCAAAUCUCGGAAGACAAAGAGGAAGCCAUUCCAGAAGAAGAAUGGCAGAAAACGAAAGAGGAAUUGUUGGCUUAAGGAAAAACAGAGGAUCCGCCUAGAUUUAGAUUACAUUGAUAGGAAGCCAAAAGAAAAUCGUUAUUGCAUCUUUCUUCAGCCGGCGCUAAUGGUACAAGUUAAAUAGUAUUUAGAUUAUGGUGCUAUUUAUAGAUGAAUAAAGAAUGGAGCUGAGUUAUGCCUGAGAAAAUAAGUGCUAGAGCACUUGGACUCAUAUGAAGUUGAACAAUGGUAGUGGAAGAAAGAUCCUCAUGAUAUUUUAUCUAUUAAUUUUAUGCGUAAGCAUGGAUAGGCAAAUUUGUUUGCUUGGAUGACAGAAUAAGGUAUUCAAAUGAGUGAGACAGAUCCACCUAGAUUAGAACCUGAUGCAUUUGAUCCAGACUUCGUAUACUUUUUGAACUUCCACAUCCUUAAGAUGGAAUAAUAAGUGAGGAAAAUGUUGCUGAGUUUGUUAGUGAUGGUGUUAUCAAUAUUAAUUAUUUGAAGACAUUGUUGAAAC